GUGUUCCUGUGUGUUAGACUCUGAGUGGGUGAGGUGCGAGACUGAGAGUGAAACAGCAGCAGCUCUUGAACGCAGCACGAUCAUUCCGUCAGAGCGGACAGGUGAAGGAGCAGCGCUGUGUACCUGUCUCACCUGAGCGCGAGCUCUCUCUCUCUCUCUCUCUCUCUCUCACUCACACACACACACACACACACACACACACGGUGUGAGACUCACUGAGGAGUAAUGGGGGGAGAAGACAGCAGUAGGAGAAAGAGCAGAAAAAGCCACUUCCCCACAGUUCUGCUGCUCAUCCUGAUCCACACGGACGGAAUCCUGAACCAAGAUCUGUUCCACGACCGAGCUUCAGAGCCGAAACAUUUCCAGAUAGUCAGACCUCAGCUGGUGCACAGACGCUGGCGGAGACACGGCGACGGUGCGCACACACACACGCAGAGAGCAGAUUCAGAGAGUCUGACCUACUCGAUCGAGAUCAAUAACACGCCUCGCCUCUUACAGCUGACCAAAAACACAGACUUUUUAUCUCCUGAUUUCGCCGUGGUGUCUCACGACGUGCACCGUAACUCAGUGAAAAGGCACCGAGAGAAACCUGCGUCGUGUCAUUACUACGGCCGAGUCUCAGGUUCUGAGGAAUCUCUGGUGGCUCUGAGCGCCUGUGAUGGACUCAGGGGCGUCAUUUUCAUCGGCAACGAGAGUUACGCCCUGGAACCUGCUUUGCACGCCUCAGACAACCAGCACAUCCUAUUUCCCCUGAGGAGCAGUCAGUCGGAUCCGUUCGUGUGUGGCGUGGACUCUGAAUGUGACCGUAGCGAUGACGGCUCCUGCGACCACACCUUGUCAAUGGGCACACUUUUACGGAAAAAACGCUCCCUGCCUCAGACCAGAUACGUGGAGCUGGUGUUAGUAGUGGACAAUCUGAGGUUUAAUUUUAAGAAGGGCAACCGCACUGCCGUGAGGGAGGAAAUGGUACAGCUCGCCAACUUAGUGGAUACGUACUUCAAGCAGCUGAAUAUCCGCAUCGUCCUGGUGGGUCUGGAGAUUUUCGAGACGAGCAACCCGUUUGACGUGGAAGGAACCGCAGGAGAGGUUUUAGGACGGUUUGUCGAAUGGAGGAAAAAGAAUCUGACCUCACGCAUCAGGAACGACAUGAGCCAGCUCAUCGUGGGUCGAUCAGGAGCCUACAGUGGAGGGAUUUUGGGCAUGGCCUUCGUUGGGUCUGUUUGCUCAGCAGGCACCGGCGGUGGAAUUAGCGUGUUUAGCAACAAUGGGUUGCAGUAUUUCUCCACGAUUCUGGCUCACGAGAUGGGUCACAAUCUGGGCAUGAACCACGACGACUCGCGCUGCCAGUGCGGAGGAAGCAGCUGCAUCAUGGCCUCUGCCGCCACCGGAUCGACUUUGUUUAGCACGUGCAGUGAUGGUGAUUUUGAGACGCUGGUGCUGCGGGGAGGAGGUGUGUGUUUGCUGAACCAGCCGUCUCAGGACAGCGUCAUCUCCGUGGCCGAGUGCGGAAACGGGAUCCUGGAGGGAACGGAACAGUGCGACUGCGGACCGCCAAAGAGCUGCAAUAAUAAAUGCUGUGACGCGGCUACUUGCACUUUCACAAAGGGUUCAUCCUGCGCUGCUGGCAGCUGCUGCAAAGACUGUCAGCUGUUGGUGUCUGGUACGCCCUGCAGAGGAUCCGCGAACCAGUGCGACCUGCCCGAGUACUGCAACGGCCAAUCGGCUUUCUGCGCUUCAGACUUCUAUCUAAUGGACGGCCUUUCCUGCGAGGGCGGCACCGCCUACUGCUACGAGGGCCGCUGCCAGACGCUGGACUACCAGUGCAAGCAGCUCUUCGGCCAAACGGCAACAAAAGCCAACGAUAAAUGCUUUAGCCACGUGAACACACAGGGCACCAAGUUCGGAAACUGCGGCUACUCCGGGUCCAGUGUUGUGCCGUGUUCUGUGGCUAACUCCAUGUGUGGGAAGGUGCAGUGCACAAACUUUGACUCGAACUACCCCCCGCCCGGGGCAGUCAUCAGCGUCGAGAACAUAGAACCGGGGGUCUCGUGCAGGAACGCCGACUUCAACCUGGGAUCAGACGUUCUCGACCCGGGGUACGUCAAAACAGGGACCGUCUGCGCCGCAGGCAAAGUCUGCAUGAACUUCCGCUGUGUGAACUCAUCAGUGCUGACACAAGGACAGAAGUGUGAUGCCGAGAGGGACUGCAGCGGCAACGGGGUGUGUAAUGAUAAGUUCCACUGUCACUGCAACAACGGCUGGGCUCCUCCCAACUGCAACAAAUGGGGAAGAGGAGGCAGCGUGGAUAGUGGACCUGCUGAAAUAGAUUACUCUCUGAGGAACGGCCUGCUGAUCUUCUUCCUGUUGGUGCUGCCCAUCCUGGUGCUGGCGGUGUUCGCUUUUCUUUACAUAUUCAGACGGGACUCUCUAAAGAGGUGCUUCAGGGGCCGACGGUCCAAACAGCACAGGACAAACGAGGCGAACGCUCAGAGGAGCAACCAGCCAAGCGGAAACGUACAAAGACCAGCACGUCCUCCGCCGCCGACGCAAACUCCUCCUACAGUUCCGCAGUAUCCGUCUGCCAUCUCUGGAGCUCCGGCGAGUUCUAACAGUCAGAGUCAUGUUGACGUGCAGCCCGCAGUUUGGACGUCUCAGCUUCCCAGGAACGGCCCCGGAGUUCCUAGACCCAUUCCACCCAGGAACGUCGUCACUUGAGCAACUUCCGUAAAGGAUGUUGGUGGAUUUGCACAAAAGAAAUGUGAUGAUGUUGAUUAUCACAGUGAAGAAAUGACCUGCUAGUCUCUAGUGUUAUGAAGUAGAAUUCUCUCAGCGAUGUUUUAAUUUCAGUACAUAUUUCAACGUGGUUUAUGGUUUGCAUAAUUGCUGAAGGUUGUUUUCUGGUGUCCCUCGUUAAUUUGUUUUUUAACACACAAAAUGUCCAUAUAGUUAAAUAAAUCCUUUCAAUGUGUUUAUUUUGAUCAGUUAAGAAUAUUUUCCCCAUGGUUGAUUCUAAAUGUAUUUUAAAAUAAAAACAGCUUCAUGGCUUGAAA